CUUUGGCUAUUAUAACCUCAAAUUUAUGAAACAUGUCAUGUAAAUCGUAACACGUGAAUGUCAAUGUAUUUGCCAUAAUAUAAAUAAGAAAGAGAAAAUAAAUUAUAUUUGUUAAUAUUUUAUCACAAAAAUUGGACUUAAUUACCGAGUUUACUCAAUUGGAUUUAAAAGAUAAUUUCACACUAUGCCGAAGUCAAAAAGAGAUAAAAAGGUUUCACUGACCAAAACGAACAAAAAAGGACUACAACUGAAACAAAAAAUUAUUGAAGAAAUUAGGAAUUCGUUAUCGAAAUAUGAACACAUAUUUCUGUUUACUAUUGAUAACAUGCGUAAUGCAAAACUAAAAGAUUUGAGAAACGAAUGGAAGGAUUCUAGAUUCUUUUUUGGGAAGAAUAAAGUGAUGGCACUGGCUCUCGGAAAAACAAAAAGUGAUGAAGUGGAAGAUCAGCUCAAUUUGCUUUCGAAAAAAUUGAAAGGUCAAUGCGGCUUACUUAUGACAAACAGAGAUGUACCUGAAGUUUUGAACUGGUUCAAAAAUUUUUCUGAAUCAGAAUAUGCUCGAGCUGGGUUUGUGGCAACAAAGGAUGUAGUGCUACCGCAGGGACCAUUAAAAGAUUUCUCACACACUAUUGAACCACAUCUUAGGCGAUUAGGACUUCCAACAUCAUUGGACAGAGGAAUCAUUCAUCUUAUUAAAGAAUAUCAGGUUUGUAAGAAAGGCACUGCUCUGACACCAGAACAAGCAAGCACAUUAAAAUUAUUAGGGAUUCAAAUGGCAGAUUUCAAAGUUGUGAUAAAAUGUCAUUGGACAAAAGGUAAAGGAUACCACAAAGAUCUUGAGGUACCAAGUGAUGAUGAAGAUGCAGAUAAUAAUGAUAAUGAUUCAGGGAAUGAAGCUAUGGAUGCAGAUGAAACUUAGUGUUUUCUUUUUUAUAAUAGUUAAUAAUUAUUAUAUAACUAUGUACAUAU